CAAAAGUUUAUGAGGUUGGGUAAAAUAACAUUAUGUGUCAUUGAUCAAUGUUACCGAUACUUUUUGUACCAUUCCUAGAAGUGUUCUCAAAUUCACUGAUUAUAAAAUAAAACUCGUGAGUUGCAGAUAACGAGUCGCAUUUGAGCUGUCAACAACCGUGAUGUCACGUUUAAUCGUGAGCGUCGUUGUUGCCAUAACAUGCAUUUGUAUUGUUGUUGGACAAAAUCGUCCUUCAUGGGCAGGUGACACAACAAAGAUGUUGGACAAAGUGGCAAAGGAUAACAACUGGAGCUGGAAUAAUAAAAGAAGUUUCGAUAAAGCUCACAUCUUUCCAUGGCAGAAAACGCAAAACAUUGUUGCUGCUUAUCAGACACCAAAUGGAUUCGACGAUGCUAAAAUGAAGCAAUUUGUGCGAGACAUAACACAAGUCCAUACAGACGCAGCGUAUGUUCAAAAUUUAGAUCCAAAAACAAGAACCGAAUAUGAGAACCUGGCCAAAAAGUAUAGAGACGAGUCCUUGAAGCUUAUUGACAAAGUAAAAACAGCAUCAAACGAUAACGAUAGAAAAGCAAAAAAGCAAUCUCUCUUGCGAAAACUAUUUAAUAGCCCUGCCAAUCUCUUUCCUGGAGAUAGAAGUACAAACCGUGCAAUUGGCGCACGAUUAGAUCCACCAUUUUCCUACUACAAAACCGAAAAAGGAAAAAUUGUUCGAACUGGCAAAAUAACCGAGCUAUCUGCCAAAAUGUUAUCAGAUUAUGCUUUGACGGCGUUCGAAGUAGGCUCAGAAAGAUCUAAGAGGUAUCGCAGUUCAGAUGGUGAAGGAAAUAAUGACGAUAGCAAACAGUCGAAACGAGGUAACCAUGAUUGCUCAAAAAGAAAAAGAAGAUCUUUGGGAGGAUGUGGAGUAAAUCUAGACGAUAAAGACGAAAAGAAGAAAACAAAAACUAAAGAUGAUGGAAAAAAUAAAAAACAACGGUCUAAAAAAAGGUUUCGUUGGGUAAUAAGUAGUCGAAAGUCAAAUUCGAAUUCAAGACGAUCAUUUUCUAAAAGCAGAUUUCGAACAAAAGGGUUUGGGAAACGAGGUAAGGGAACGAAAAUUGGUGUUAUCGACUUCACUGGCGGAUGGAUUCCUAAGCACCAUAAAGAUCAUUUAUCUGGUAAAAUAACAGAUCCACAUGCAAAGGCUGAAAACGUCAAUGGUGGAAAGAGAUAUUUAGCGCAUUCUGGAGGCAUUAGUGGCGAGGUCAGAUCGGGCUAUAGUAAAGCUCAAGGUAGUUUAGGUGUCGGUGCAUCCGCAUAUGCCGGUAAAGAAGGAGCUCAUGUUAAAAUACAUGGUCCUUCAGGUCAAGCCUCAAGUCAUGGUUUUGGCGUUGGAGGAGAUAUAUCGGUAAAAGCCGGAGUAACAGAUAGAGAUAACCACCUUAAAGCUGGCUUAGAAGGACCAAGUGCAAGCUUUAAUAUAGGACCGUUUGGUGGGGGGAUUGGUAUAGGUGCCGGUUUUGAAGUUUCGAAAAACAUUAAAAAAGGUGUUGGAGCCAAAAUAGAUACACCAAAGGGCAGUUUUGGCGCCAAAGUUGGUUGCAUAACAGAAUUAUGUUUCAUUGGUUGUCUUUCCCUGAAAUUCUGUUAAAUAUAAAUAGACUGUAGAUUUUUUCAUUUUUGAAGGUGCAGUUUUUUAUGUAUUUUAAUAAUAUGCUGUGUUUAUUGGUGACAUGCAAAGUAGAUAUAAUGCAACUUAGACAUUUUUUUCAGUUUAAGGCAAGGUGUGUGCGGGAAAGAAAUUGUUAAGGAUACUGAAGCUAUAUAUUGCACUUUUAACUAUUAGAUCGAAAAACUUGACAGAAGCUAAGUAAAUUUGAUGCCUUUCCAUAAUUGAGUACAUUCAAAUAGACGAUAUUUCUAAAUAACUCUUUGGAAUCCAUUAUCUUCCCGUUGUUUGUCUACAUAAAUAGAUUCACCUCAAACUUGUUUGUGAUUCACGAAACUUUCUGUUUUUUUUAUAAAAAUAUAUUUUUAAUAAUUUGUUUUGAUGGCAUUAUAUAAAUAAACCUUUCUACGUUACUUCUCAAAAAAUUACUUUUCUUUCAAGCCAUUACUUUUGUGCUUAUUUACGUUUUACCUGCCCGAGAGAUUCGUUUUUUUUUUAAAGGCGGGCUUUCAUACUUCAACGAAUGUACAGUAGACGUCCAUUAAUUCGAACACGCAAGAGACUAAAUUAUUUGUUCGAAUUAACGAAUGUUCGAAUUAUCGGAAGUUCAGAAAAAACAACAAUUUUAAUUAAUGUUAAAAGGUUUUAUGCUAAUAUAACUUUAUUACAACUUUAGUACAACUUUUAUAAAAUCUUUUUUUGCUUGGCGAUGGAAAGGCCUCCUAAUUCCUGGUAAACUUCAUUGGAAACGCUACUUUAAUUGAUAAAUUGAAAGAAAUUUUACCACCAUUGAUGCAAUAAAAAUGAAUAAAAAUGAAAAUAUUUUUUAUUUUUCCAUAAGAUUUUAUUAAUCGAUACACAAAAUUUCGAAUUAACGAGCAUAAUGCAGCCUUUAAAUUAAAAAAUUGUUCGAAUUAGCGAAAUGUUCGAAUUAACGAAGUUCGAAUUAAGCAGCUCAAAAUAUAAGAAUUUAUUGAAACAAACUCAAGGAACUUUGAAAUUUGUUCGAAAUAACGAAAAGUUCGAAUUAAGCUGCAUUCGAAUUAACGGACAUCUACUGUAGUUUUUUGCACAUUACCUUUCCUUGUUCGAUCGAAACCGGUGUUAAUCAAUUUUAAAAGUAGGACCGAUUUCUAAUUUUUUAUCGACCUUUUUAAUUUCCACCAAUCAAUUUUCCUUUAAACAAUGAUAUCGUAUUUAACAUUCAGAACACUGUUGCGAAGAAUAAAUAAAAAAACAGCCAAAGUUUGUAAAGUAUAAAAAAAUAUAAAACGCGAAAGAUAGGACUAGAACGUCUAGAAUGUUUUUUGGAAGAGUUUUGUUUUUUGACCUCGGCUUACCUGUUGAUUUCUUCAUAAGAACAAUUCAAUUUUCUUAUAGCUACAAUAAGAACAUAUGUAUGGCUACAAUACCUAUAAAAUAAAUUAUUGAGAGUGCAAUUAAGAAGCUGUAUUUCAGUUUGUGUUACGACUUCCUUCCCAUA